AUGCCCGGAAGACCUCCAAAGGGAAGCAACUUGAAGGCAUCCUGGUCCAAACCACCUCAACUGGCAACUUUCAAGAUGGAGGAACAGCGACUCUACUCUGAGGUCCCUCUGGACAUCAAGCUCUUCACCCUUUUUCUAAGUUCAGAGUCACGCUGCAGCAGUCAGCAGUCAGGCAUCAUGGACGUCACAUCUCUCUGCAGCAGACUCUUGGUCGCUGUGAUGGUUCUGCUGGUUGCACAGAUUAAACAGAGUCACUCUGCUCAAAAUGCUGGUGAAGCUCGUCCUCGUAUUACUCCAGACAGACUGCAGUUCUUUGAGUAUGAGACCGUCCACAUUAGCUGUGAAGAGUUGAUGGGACUGACUGGAUGGAGAGUGAUGCACAGACACAACAAAACAACAAAUUCUUCCAUCUGUACUCCUCCUGCAUCAAGAUGCACUAUUCAGCCUGCCUUCGAAUGGGACAGUGGAGAGUUCUGGUGUGAAGACGACGAAGGAAACACCACUGGUUCCAUCAACAUCUCUGUUACUGAUGGAUCUGUGAUCCUGGAGGUUCCCGCCCGUCCUGUGAUGGAGGGAUCUAAUGUGACCCUUUUAUGCCAAAAACAGAACUCAGAAUCAAAAUAUAUCGUUGAUUUCUACAAAGACGGCGUCUCUCUUGGGUCUGAAUAUAGUCACUUGACCAUCAAAAAUGUUUCCAAGUCUCAUGAAGGACUUUACAAAUGCAGCAUAUCAGGAGCUGGACAAUCACCGGAGAGUUGGCUGGCUGUCACAGAAAACACAAAUAUAUCGUACAAAGAGUUUCAACCCCCACAACAACAUCCGUCUAAUUUUCCCACCCAGACUUUUUUGGUUUAUUGUCUGGAAAAUCACCACCACAAGAAGAUCAAACAGCUGAGUUUACAUCAAGCUGACAUUGAUUCUGAAGAAGAGUGUGUGUACAACCUCCUGCUGCCUUGA